CAAGAAAAUAGAAAAAGAAAAGUAAGAAUACAACUAACCCUAAUCCCGGUUUGAUUCAGUUUCCUUUUUUUUUUCAUCGUAUAUUUGCAUCAAUCUCUCUACAUUCAUCCGUUUUCUUCCGCUUCUCUCUCUUCCAUUCCAAAUCCAAACCUCCAUUUCUGAACAGCGAGUUAAAUUGACAGCAAUCGUGUCUCUACAGAUCUAUCUGUUGCAGGGGAGGCUCCGCCGCGUCUUAGCUAUUCUUUUCUGAUCGAUCUCUCUGGCCAGGGUUGGGAUGGCGCAGCAUUUUUUAUGUUUGAUUUUUAAUGUAAAAAUUUGAGUGCCAGGCUUUGGUGUAGAGGAUUUAGGACAUUGUGGGUUGAUGGCUUUUGUGGUAAAAUGACUGAAGUUAGGUUGAAAAUAAUCAUGAGGAUUUUGAGUUGGUUAGCUGUUGGAUGCCUUAUCCCUGCUUUGAAGGAUCUAUUGUCCCAAGUCUACACCGCUUCACAUUUAUACGACACCGUUUGGGAAUUUGAACAAGAACCCAAGACCAAGAGUGUUGGUUGGACAUUCACAUUUUCGCUCGAGAAGAAAUCUCAGUUCUCUCUUCUUUGUGGAUUCUCCUUUGAGGGCACCGGUCAGAUGUUCCCCACAGGAACAAGAAAUGCAGCAGCUGGUACAACAGGCAGAAGCCAAGGAUCAAGUCUACGAAUUGGAGAGGCUGUUUUCAAACCUUAAUCAAGCCACAUUGAAAAGGGAACCUGGAAGCCUAAGCAGUGCAGUCUUCCUUGUUGCUGGCACCACUGUUGGUGCUGGCAUCCUUGCCAUCCCUGCUGUGACACAAGAAGCUGGAUUUCUUGCAUCAGCAGUUACCUGUAUCUUAUGCUGGAUAUUUAUGGUCGUCACUGGACUGCUCAUUGCCGAAGUAAAUGUGAACACAAUGUGUGAGCUUGGUUCCGGUGGUGUCUCAUUGGUUUCAAUGGCCAAGAGGACUCUUGGAAGUACUGGGGUUCAGGUUGCAUGCUGGUCCUACAUUUUCAUCCACUACGCGCUCCUUGUAGCGUACGUAGCUCGUUCUUCAGAUAUUUUGACGAGCUUCCUCGGCAUUCCAUUGUGUUGAUGGGCAGCAUUAUGAUUGCAGAUGGGAGGCUGCAACUUUGUUUUCUCUGCUUUUUGGGAGUCUGUGCUACUUCGGAAGCCAGCGAGUUAUUGGAGCGGUAAAUGGUUCUUUAGUGGUCGGCAUCAUUUUGUCUUUCACAGCUCUCGUGGCGGUGGCAAGCGGGGACUUACAUUGGGAUGCUCUUCUAAAAGUUAAUCUAGAGGCUGCACCUCAAAGUAUACCAAUUAUAGCACUUUCUUUUGUCUAUCAGAAUGUAGUGCCGGUCCUUUGUACCAAUCUUGAAGGCAACUUAUCCAAAGUAAGGACUGCAAUUGUUCUGGGUACCUCUAUUCCACUAGUUCUAUUUCUUGUCUGGAAUGCCGUCAUUCUUGGUUGCAUCACAACUUCGGAAAUGGGCUCGAACACGCUCAUGGACCCCAUACAGCAACUGCGGUCAACGAAUGGCAUUGUUGGGCCGAUAGUCGACGUGUUCUCGCUUCUUGCAAUUGCCACCUCUUACAUUGGUUUCGUUCUAGGCCUGUCCGACUUCCUGGCUGACUUGCUGAAACUCCCGGCUGGACAAAACAGGCCUUUGCCUUAUCUACUCACCCUUAUCCCACCAUUGAUACUAUCUCUGUUGAAUCCUGAGAUAUUCUUUAAAGCAUUGGAUUUUGCUGGAACGUAUGGGGUGUUGGUGCUGUUUGGGGUUCUACCAGCCACGAUGUCAUGGUCUGACAGGUAUUCGGAACGUUGGGAAUCUACCAAGAUUCGGGUGUUAGUUCCUGGAGGAAAAUUGAGCCUGUCGCUCGUGAUUGGAGGUGCAGGGCUCGUCAUCCUCUCCCAAAUACUCGAGAAUUUUGGGCAUGUAUAGUAUAGCCAUAUCCACGUACAAAGAUUAACCUCAAAUGCUUUAUGAGAUAUUGUUAUUGUAUUGAUAUAUUGAUACCCACAUACUAGCAGUGUAUAAUUUCUGGAGCAUUAGCUACAUCAACCAGGAGUCUAUCCUAGACAUGGCCAAUACUUGGUUCUGAACCGGCCCAAACAUAUGCACGGGACGGUUCAGUAAGGGUGGGGUGGUUUAAAGAAUUUGGACUUGGACUUAGGUGACAUAUUAUAAGUUAAAAUAUCACUUAAGUUGAAAAAAAAAAAUUGGGUUAAAAAUGGUAUUUUAACUUAUAAUAUGUUAAUUAAACUGUUUACGUAUCUCUUCCUUUCAUCGGGAAAUCAAAAUUCUUUACUUUACCGUAAUGAAAGUAGAUGGCAGGAUGCAUUGUUGAACUGUUGGUCUGGUAAUCGUAGUCGUAGGUCUCGUAGUCCUCUUCUGCAUUUAUGACGGUUCCACUAGUACUAGCAGUAUUA